AUGGCUCUAUCCAACCUUUCCGUUGACUUCACCAACCGUGAAGUGUUCUUUGACCUGAGAGACAAUGAUUCAGUUUCUUCCUUAGGGUCCACAUCUUCCUUUGAUGAAGAUGACAGCGACGACGAGAGCCUUAGUAGUCAUAAGAUGGGAGAUGAUAGGGAGCGCCCCGCAUGUUCUUUCUACCAGCGAAAACAGAGAUCAAGUCGAAAGAACCUCCGCAACAUGUCUAGUAGCAAACUGCAUCGUCGUCACCUCACAUGUCCUGAUCUCAAGAUCGACCAGUUCACCAACAGCAAGAGCGACGAACCAGGAGCAGCCAACGCCAGAUGGAUAUCUGAAACUACAACCAGCUUCACGAAUUUGACCGUCACUCCGCCAGGCUCCAAGACCAACAUGCGGAAGUCACGCAGUCUGGAAGACAAAGGGGUCAACGCCAACGAUAGAUGGACAUCAAAGACCUGCAAAAAGUCCAGACCGAAGAUUUCUAACGAGGUUUUGGAUAUCAGCGGUAAUACCCGAGGUUCGGCUGAUUCCAGCAAAGAGUCCUCUGGAAGCAACAGAUGGUCAGCAACGCUGCCCCCAACUAACCCGCUCUUUCGUUCCGCGACAGUGGACCACGCUCCACGUACUCCAAGGAGUUCACUAUCUGAUCUCAAGAACAUCCGCCGCUGUGCCACUGAAGAGCCUCCCGCUUCACACAAUGCUCGAUGGGGUGCAAUCCCAUCAGCCCCACCCCGCGCCUCGUACCCCUCAAUACUGCCCUCACCUCCGAGACACCCACCGGCCCAAAGCCGCAGACACAAGUCUCGAGAUUCUGCUCCUGAUCUUCUUCGACGUCGGUCGCACAAGGUUGUGAGUCCUGAUGACGGAGGCCACGAGAAGAACGCAACGUGGGCCUCUGGUGGAACGAGGUCGCCGCUCUCUUCGUCUACAGACCUCUCUCAAACAAGCAGCACCAGGAGGUCCCCCCUUCCCGUGCGAGGAGCCCUCAGUCGAUGGAACUCCUCUUCAAGCUUCACUGUGAACAGCAUGAGCGCCGCUUCGAUUGAUCAGCUUUCCACCAAGCCUAAGCUUCCCAAACGUCGACCUCGUCGCCGUUCGACGAAGAAGAGCAAGACGCCUUCCGUUGAGCAAUCGGACACACCACAAGGUCAAAUCACCGAGCGUACACGCGAGAAUGAAAGGAGCGAGAAGACAGCCCAAGACAACGAGCAAGUGCGAGAGACAAGGCCAGAAGAGCCGGUAUUCGGUGAAGGUGCCACGUUGACGGCAGAUACAGGUACAAAGGAAGCAACCGAACAUCAGGAAGGAACAAAUGAAGAAGAAACGAAGAUGGAUGCCAGCAUCGAAGGUGCCCCGAAGGUUGGUGGUGUUCUCCUUCAAGACGACACCUCGGGAAUGGAGGAUGAUUCUUCAAAUAAGUUUCAUCUCCGGUAUUCCAUGCCUCCAUGCAUGGAAUGCUUUGAAACCAUUCCUGAAGAAGCUAACGAAGAUGAGGUCAAACCACCCCCUCUCCCGAAUCUUCAGCAUCAGUGCUCUGACAGCUUGCUACGGGCCCCCAAACGGCGCAAGAGUGCAUGCUCGACUGCAUGUCUACUAGAGGAUGAGUCCGAGCUUUCGAUUUCGCUGAAGGACACAUCGUCGCUUUCGGUCUCUGUAUCGAAGGAGACCUCCUCCUCCUCCUCGUUUCUCUGGGAUCUCAGUCUCUCCAGUAAGCGAACGACUGAUCAUGACACCUCCUUGCUUGGGCCUCGACAGCCCAGAAGACGUGAUAGUGAGGGAAGUGUACCGCUUGGAGCUGACUCUGUAUGCUCGGGUUCAUCUUCAGAAGCGGGUCCGCCCCAUCAUUUUCCCCACAGACGCACCACUGCCCCUCGUCCGCACGGCACUGUUCGAAGAGGACCGUCGCCACGAUCGGCUCCUCGGCCUAUCCGAAGAUUGUCCAGCAUCGUAAAUGGCGAUGAAAAGCACCCAUUCAGUGACAUGAGCGGCUCAACGGCUUUGACUACGGCAAGCACCGCUUCAGGUUCUGCACUGUCACAAGCUACCAUUGCAAAACCUCCAAAUCCGCUAAACAACGAACUGUUUCCUCGCCUGCAGGAGCCUUCUUGCGCAUGCGGCACACUGGCAAAGAAUCCGGAUUCGCCUGUCAACUGCCCGGCUGCAUGACUCAUCCUUCCCAGGCGAAGGCGACAGUAACCAAAGUACAUUUCUAUAGACAUGUAAUCUCUCAUAGACCAAACCAGCGUACGUUACACAG